UUGCUGCAGUCCAACAUGGCGGAGCUGUCGGAGGCCACUGCUGCUCAGCUACACCAGGAGGACAGCGAUAUCAAACGCAGCUGGUGUUCUGCUCUCUGGCGGUUCUGGCAGAAGAAAGAAACCCGCUGGAGUGUUUGGAUGCUUUCGGAGCCACAGGCAUCAUGGGCCUCCAGUGGGCCAAACACCUGCGCGGCGCCGUCAGAGUCACCAUAACGGACAUCAGCGACAUCUGCGUCAAAAUGAUCAAAGAGAACUGCGAGCUGAACAACAUCCGAGUGGACGGGGGCCAGCGAGGCCCCCGGGGGCCCAACAGAGGGGGCAGUGAGGCUGAUACGGGCCCCGUCGCCACGGUGGAGGUAUCCAAGAUGGACGCCAACGUCAUGAUGCACCUGCGGCCAUUCGACUACAUACACCUGGACCCGUUCGGCACGGCUGUGAACUACCUGGACGCUGCCUUCAGGAACGUGCGUAACCUGGGCAUCAUCUCGGUGACGUCCACAGACACGAGUUCCCUCUACGCCAAGUCACCCAACGUCACCCUGCGCCACUACGGCUGCAGCAUCGUCCGCACCGAGUACUACAAGGAGCUGGCCGCUCGGAUGGUCGUAGCCUCGGUGGCCAGAGCGGCGGCGCGCUGCAACAAAGGCAUCGAGGUGCUGCUGGCCGUGGCCGUGGAACACUUUGUGCUYGUGGUGGUGAGGGUCCUCAGAGGUCCGUCUCAGGCCGACGAGUCCGCCAAGAAGCUCCGCAAGCUGGUCCACUGUCAGUGGUGUGAGGAGAGGGUCUUCCUCAGACUGGGCAACAUGAUGGACGACACGCUGCCCUGUAACUGUCAUGGAAGUCUGCCUGGAAAGACCGCCGUGCAUCUGGGCCCUCUGUGGUGCGGCCCUCUCUUCAACACAGGCUUCCUGAGGAGGAUGCUCUCUGCAGCCGUGCAGCACAGCAUGGACGACAUCCAGCCGCUCGUCAAGACCCUGAUCUGCGAGUCCGAGUGCACCCCCCUCAAGUCUCUGGUCCACGGGUCGUCGGCUCUCACCAACCAGGUGGAGUGUGGCGUCGUCAUCAAGACGUUACAGAGCGGCGAGGAGGCGGGGCCACCUGAUCCUGCAGGGAAGAGGAAGAGCGGGGAGGACUCUGGGAACGUUGUGAAGAAGCUGAAGCCCGAUGCGUCUCUGGAACAUCCAGCUUUUUACUACAGCAUCCACCGGCACAGCAUCAGAGGCAUGAACAUGCCCAAGCUGAACAAGUUCCUGCAGUACCUGAUGGAGGCCGGCUUCAGGGUGAGCCGGACCCACUUCGACCCGACGGGGGUCCGGACCGACGCCACGCUGCAGCAGUUCCAGUCCGUCCUGUCCAAGUACAGCGUCCCCACGUACACCAACGCUGCCACGGCCACGCAGGCCAGCGUCAGCUCCUCCAAGGCGCCCUGAGGGGGGCGGAGCUUCAGACCCCGCCCCCUGUCUGCCUGCACUGAUACAAGCACAGCAGAACCGCUGAGUUUCACCUGAUUUUAGCUAUUUAUUUCUUUAAAAACAAGCAGCUUCUCUUUCUUUUUUAACCUGUUUUCUUAUUCAAAGAAUAAAAUCUUUCUGAUGACCAGAAA